CCCGCUCCGAGCCCCUUCAACCCCCCCCAAAAACACCCUUUUUUCUUUUCUUUUCUUUUAAUACGGCUUCUAGAUCUUUUUCUGGCAUUUUUCUACGGCGCCCCGUUUUCACGAGGUGUCCUGGGCGGUGUACGCCCUCGCUGUCUGCCGCGGUGUGAAGCAUCUGACUUGAGCUGCGCAAUUAAAAGCGAAUUUUAAAUGAGCUCGAUUGCGCACAUUUCAGAUCCUUCGGGAGUGGCAGGAAUCCUAGCCGUGCUGUCCUGUGGUGCGUCAUUUUUUUAUUCAGCGAGCUCUUUUACGUGUGUGAGAGCAGUGAAAUCCCCGUAGCCCCGUGGUAAAACGGGGGUCUUUGUUCCAGUACCUUAAGGUGGAAUAAAACAGAUUGAAGAUGCUCGAAUAUCCCAGAGAUCUUGCACCGUCAGUAAUUCCAUAACCUCUCCAGUAUUCCCAGCACUGUCCAGCUCCACAAAAUGCCUGGAAUCACUGCCUGCAGUGACCUACCUUGUGUGCCUUUUGUUCAGCAGCUCUGAUUCUGUCCAGCAGUUUUUAUUAGAAGGAGCAGGAUCCCUGUGCUGGCUGUUGAAAGGCACAUCUCUUUGUUACCCAGGAACCCACCUGACUGACCUUCUCCCAGGCUUGGCUUCUGGAGUCUCAUUUCUUUGCCAUGGCUACUUCUGACAUCCAGGUGAAGGAGCUGGAGAAGCGAGCCUCUGGGCAGGCCUUUGAGCUGAUCCUCAGCCCCCGCUCCAAAGAAGCCGUGGCAGAGUUCCCUCUGUCUCCCCCGAAGAAGAAGGAUGUGUCACUGGAGGAGAUCCAGAAGAAGUUGGAAGCAGCUGAGGAGAGACGCAAGGUAAAGCUGGAGCAGCUGAAUGGGGUUUUUAAUUGCAAAUUGAAUAUUAAUGAAAUCCCUGGGGCUCUUAUGAAGCUUUAUGGUCAUGGUUUUGGUUCCAAAGAGAUUUCCCUGGAGCUCACAGCUCCUGCUGCUGUUUUCCAGGACAAGCACGUGGAAGAGGUUCGAAAGAACAAAGAAGGCAAAGACCCCGGCGAGGCCGAGACCGACUGACUCCGUUCUGGAAACUGACUCUCCCCCUCCUCCAAAUAUCCAAAGACUGUACUGGCCAGUGGUUUAUCUUUGCUUUUGGUUCGGUUAUAUAUAUAUUUUUUUUUUUUUACGUUUCUUAGAAACUGAUGUAGAACUGUAAAAUUAGAUCCAAACUGUACACUUGCUUUGGGGGCUAGAGGGGAGACCUUCCAUGUGUCACUUUUCUAAAGUGUUGUCUUUCCAGUGUAGCUUUUUCUUCUUGUUGCAUCCUUUUCUACGCCAGUGCACUCGCUCCUGGGUUGAUGGCGAGUACUGUAUCAGCUCUGUAAGACCUUGUGCAAGGAAUCUCUAGUAACUGUUCCAUGCUGAAUAUCUGUUACACUUCCAACAAAAAUCUCUGACUGUCCAGUCUGCUCAAAUACUGCUGUAACGAGUGACUCAAUAAAGCUGCACAGUGCUGUUA